AUGCUUAGCUCUCCUGUAGGUAAGGCAAAAUCCAAGGCAGUGGAGGCUAUGGAGAGGCUGAAGAUCUGGCAGUCUACGGAGCUGGAUGAGGAUAGGGAAGCCAUUGACCAACUGAUGAAGGAUCUGGACCUGCUGCACAGACAGAACAUGGCCCCUAAACCUAUACUUGAAAUGAGCUUUGGCUUGGCAAGGGAUGUGCUCAACCUUCACGACCGUUAUGAGGAUCUCAAGCCCACCUUCAAAACUUCUGAGUUCUGCAAGGCCACACAUGAAGCCAACUUGGCUGAUUUUGCAAAGCAGAAGGCAGAACUGGACCAAAUGGUGGCAGGAUACAAGGAGGCUAAGUCCACUGCAGAUAAGCUGGAAAAACAUAUUGAGGAGCUGCGGAAGCAAUUGGCAGAAUGCAGGGAGGUGCAGAACAGGCUUGGGGCUGGACUGAGCUCCAAGACCAAGGCUACUUUCCUUGUGCAGAGCAUGGUUGCAACUUCCAGGCCAGCCCUGGAGAUUGCAGAGGCUUCAAUUCAUCAGGGGGUGCUGCUUCAAAAGGAACUCUCCAUUAAGAAGACCAACUUGCAAGAAACCCUCAAGAAAUUAGGAUUUUGA